AUGCAACGUCCCGCUGUUGUAGCCGCUAUACAGUCCCUCGCUGGUGUUUAUGUUCAUGAUUAUCUGCCAUGUGAUGAAGUACGGUAUCUAGUCAACAAAAGGUUUGCCAUCGCUGAAGCCCGGCUCAGCGAGCUGCUCCAGGUUGCAGACAAUCUAGACGAAAGCGAGUCUGGCGAGCUAGUCACCUUGGCGUCAUUGCUCUCUAUGCAGGAUGUGGUUCUCACGGAACGCAGGCUCCAAAGACCUCACUACCCUCGCUGGUUGACGGGAUUGAAGCAGGCGGAGAACGUGCUGCAGCGCACGGAUCCAGGCUGUCGUUUUUACAAAGAGUCAAAUGUCCAGGUCUCUGCCCUACGCCUAUCGCAAACAGUCAUCGUUGGUAGAGCUGUCAUUCUGGCUCAGCUGAUGAUGCCCCUCCCGCGUCUCACUACUUUCAACCCCUCUGCCGAAACAAGCAGAUUCGGAUUCCUCUUAUAUGGAUCUAAAUCGGACAUAUAUGAAAUCCACGGUGGAUGCGGUUUCUCGAAACGCCUGCUGCACAUCUUCAGUCAGGUGAACUACUGUUCCGCUCGCAUACUACAGGAAUGCGAAACGCCUAUUGUGCCUGUAACUGCCGACCAGCUCUACGACCAGCUUCUGCAGUUGCGUCAAUGGAGUGGAGAAUUUGAUAGCUGGGACGCUGCUAAGAAUAGAUCGCAACCGAUUGAAUGGAUUCGCCAGGCAGGCGAGAACUACGUUGUCCAAGAAGCGAAACAGAUGACUGUGGUGACGGCGGAAGCGUGGAGACUAGCUGGAAUGGUCUACCUGCAGUGCCGCCUAUUCAGACUUCCGCGAAACCAUCAGAUGGUCGUUGACAACAUAGCCGACUUAGCCAAGUGCAUCUCUAUUAUGCCAACGUCAGGCUUUAUAUUUACGGCGCAAGCCCCGCUACUACCGGUCUUCAUCCUCGGGCUACUAGCCACUAUACCAGAGCAUGGUCUAGUCGCGGAUGCCUGGUUUCAGCACGUCAUUGAAACCCCUGUUCGCAGUAGCGUGCCGCCACUUUAUCAAGCUCUGAGACGUAUUCAGAGCUGGAUGAACCGUAAAGCCCCAGUGCCCGCGCUAAGCACGGAACCGGAUUGCGGCAUUGCCAAGAGGCAACCCUGGUGGGAGCUUAUGGUGUCCAAGGUUAAGAAGUGGGAGAACGAAGUCCUCUGCCUGACAUGA